AUGACAUGUUUGCCUUUUGGCCUGGCCUCGGCGCCACAUCUCUUCUCGUCCGUAACAUGCUGGGUCGCGGAGACCCUGCGUGCCAAGGGAUGUCGUGUACUAGUCUACCUAGACGACUACCUUAUAGUCAACCAAAACCGAUCCAAGUUAUGUCUUCAGGCCUCGGAGGCCGUGAGGCACUUGGAAGAUCUGGGCUGGAUACUCAAUUACAAAAAAUCAAUCUUAACACCGACACAAGACCUAGAAUACCUUGGCAUCCGCUGGCAAACUUUAGAGAACAGGAUGUCAUUACCAGAAAAGAGGAUAUCCAGCCUCAAAGCAACCAUAAAUCAAUCGUUGCUAAAAAGACAGAUCACGCUUCGCGAAUUACAGAGUGUACUGGGACAGUUCAAUUUCGCCAAUUUUGUCAUACCUCGAGGCAGGUUACAUUGUCGACAAGCACAAAUCUUGCUUCGACAUUUCAACAAGAAGCAACCAAGGCAAAGAAAAUCAAUCCCCCACGUGGUGUAUCAAGAGAUGAGGUGGUGGCUCGGCGCUACUCAUCGCUCAUCGAUAAUACACAAAAAGCCGGUUACUCAUUUCCUAACAACGGACGCUUCGGAUCUAGGUUGGGGUGCCCAUCUAAAUGGGCAUAUAAUGUGGGGAACCUGGUCUCCCCAGCAACAAAGAUGGCACAGCAACAAGAAAGAGCUGUAUGCAGUAAUGGCAGCGAUCAGAGCAAACACCGUAGUCCUACGCAAAUCUCAUGUCCUCAUCCAAUCAGACAAUCGAACUUUGAUUGCCUAUAUUCGGAAAGAGGGCGGAACGAGAUCGUUGACACUACUGGGGUUGACGUACGAACUACUAACUCUAACAGACCAGUUCAAGAUAACUCUAUCGGCACAUUACCUACCAGGAAGGUACAACACAAUUGCAGACCGAUUGUCACGAAAGAAAGAGGUUGCAGAAUGGCACCUCUUGCCUCAAGCAACUGGACAAGUCUUCAGGAAGUGGGGUCGACCAGAAAUAGAUCUCUUCGCUUCGCGACGAAGUGCUGUAGUAACAAACUACGUAUCUAUAGAUUGCAGAGAUCAAUCAGCAAGCUAUAUAGAUGCCUUCAGCAGAACUUGGCAACACAAACUAGCAUGGGUGUUCCCCCCGCCGAGCCUACUACCCAGAGUUUUGGCACACCUGAACCAUGCGACAGGAACUUAUUUGGUAGUAGCACCGGAUUGGCCUCAGGCUUUCUGGUUGCAAGACCUGAAGUCCAGAGCGUUGGAUCACCCACACGAAAUACAGAAUCUAUCGAAAACAUUGAUCGACAUGACAACAUUACAGACACCGCCGCAAGUACACCUAUUAACCUUGAAAGUUUGGAAAACUGGGGGUGGGGUUCCCAAAUAA